AUGUGUACGUGCACCUGCUGUAACAAAGCAAUACAAUACUGCUGUUGUCGCACCUGUUCCCGCUGCUCAAAACCCCUCAACCGGCUACCACGAGGCCGUCAUUGUAAAAGGUGUUGGCGUAGCGUGUGCUCAGCUUGCACGACUCGGUGCCGGUACGUCAAUAUGCUGGGGCCGCCUGAGGUAGUGUGUGAUGGCUGCGCUGUCCCGCACAGCAUUGCAUUCCUCAACGAGAGAAAGAGAGGCACCCCGUUGUGGGGGCUCUAUGUCCUCUGGGGCGCAACGGAUGCACCGGCGGUAUGCGUUACGCCGUCAUGUGGCACCUACGCUUAUACGACCUUGUGCCGUGCCUGCGGCCUACCCACCGUUUCCUCCAGGGCCCAUGUAACCCGUAGCGUCCACGACACUCGGAAACCUUCUCCCCAAGUGACGGACGAAUUAAGGUUCCUCGAUGUGAGAGAAUACCAUGAUCGUGAGGCUGUCGUCAAUGGGUACAGUAGCGCUGAUGUAGAAGAGACCUUUCGCUCAUGCUUUCCCCGUGGGGAAGACGUUGCCGCUUUCCCCCAUAUUGGUAGCGCUUGUGAGGUACGGAACUUGUUGAUGUCGCUGGUGGCUGCCGGCUUGGCUUACGAAUACAACCGCGCGCCGAGUUUGACUCUCUCUCUCUCCGAUUUUCCGUUUGCCUGUUUGCUGAAGUUGGUCCGCUAUAACCGUCGCUACACCGUUCUAGAAGCACCCGGGAAAGUUAAGUUCAUCUCAUUCCCGGGGACACAUAAUCCCGAAACAGUGGCCGUGAGUUUGCGUCUUUCUCACGUUAAGAGGCAACGGUGGUUUUUCCACAAGGAAGGCGAGGCAGGAGCCAGCGCCUGCGCAUCCUCCACUGACGUAAUUGGUGACUGUAAUUCCCGACCAGGUCUCCACCAACAAGUUGGCGGGUUACCCCUCCACUACCGCGUCCACGCCGGCUUCAUUCGCGAGGCAGAAAACCUGGUCCCACAGAUGGAAGAAUUUGUUGGGGAGGCCAUUCACCACGGAUACAGACUUGUGUUUUCGGGGCACUCCCUAGGCGGCGCAGUCGCCACCCUGGUGGCAUUACAAUUGCUGCAAACCCAUCCCGAUCUCGCAAGGGACAGAGUCAGGUGCUUCACGUUUGGAGCCCCACUAGUUGGCGACCGUCAAUUGACUGAGUUGGUGCAAAGGUUUGGUCUGACGCCUAAUUUUCACCACAUUGUACAUCAAUUAGAUAUUGUUCCCCGACUAUUAUGCACGUAUGAAUGGUUGCGCGGCUGUGUAGACGAGCUGGCGGGAAGGGCCACCUUGCUUUUUAGCUCAGUGAAAAGUUGGGUGGGACGGUUCUCUAGCGGUGAGGUCGAUGAAGGCGGACAUAGCGAAGAGGCGGACACGAUCGAGAGCCGAAUCAGGAAUGGUGAAGGCGCAGUGAAUGCGGAGAGCCCAGUUGAAGUAGAAGACGGUGAUGAGCCGCAUAGUUCAGCGAGUGGACCAAGGUAUGCAUGUUUUGGGAAUUACCACUUCCUCAGCGACGACGGUACUAAGUUUUUCUCGACAGAUAAUCCCGAAGCGGCCUAUCAAACGCUCAGAGGCAGUGGCAAUGAAAAAGCGGCAGUGAGGAGUCACCGUGUCUUCGCGUACAACAGGGCCAUAUUCCUUCGUGUGUACACCAACGGACGAUCCACCUAG